CCGGCGUGAAAACAACGCCUGAAAAUAAAAAGAGAAAAAAGUCUUAAAAAGAAGCGUUUAAGCGACGCGGGCAAAUGACGAAAUCCUUUCUUAUAUAUUGAAAGAUCACUUUUUUUCUUCGUCUUCAUCUUCUUCCUUUUCAAUCUCCCCAUAAAAACCCUAACUUUUAUUUCAGUUUCAGUAUCCGAAACCCGCCAUUGUUGCCUCCUUUGAAGAUCAAAAGAAGAAUGAGGAUUGAUUGUUCUAAGCCAGAGGAAUGUGGUUGCGUCUUUGUUACCUGUUACCAUUGUCGCACUUCAGGCAUACUCAAUACUCAAGAAUCCGAACCGAGCAAUGUGAUUGCAUCAUCUGUCGCUACAACAAUGCCGGCUAGUUCCCGACCAGUUCAAGCUCUUGGACAUGAUUCUGCUGCUAUCGGUUCCACCACCUCAACAUCAUCUCCAGUUCGAUGUUCUUCACCAAUCAGAUCCGGAACACUAACUCCAUUGGCUCCUCCUGACAUCACACCGGUUAGUUCCGAACCAGCGCAAUCUCUUGCCCCAAACAACCUCGGUUCUGGUUCAUCUGCUGCUCCCACGUCAUCUACAUUCGUGAGGCCAAUACAAGCUCAUGGGUUUGGUUCCUGUGCAUCUGCUGCUCCUACGUCUUCAACUGCAUCUCCAGGACAGAUUUCUUCACCAACCAGUUUCGCAUUCGCUCCUUCUGCCACAUCGUUUAGUUCUGCACCAGCGCAAGCUUCUGGCCCUACCAUUUUUGGUGGUUUAAUGCAACCUAGGUUUGGUUUUGGUGCAUCUGCUGCUCCCAAACCAUCUACCACAUCCUCAACUUCAUCUCCAGUUCAAAAUUUUUCACCAACCAUGUUUCAAUUCCAUCCUGCUGUUACUUCAGUUAGUUCUGCAUUUGCUGGUCCCACAUCACCUAUAAAUGGGUCAAUGCAAACUCCUGUCCAAGCUAGUGCAGCAAACACUUCGACAUCCUUUAGCUAUGGAGAUUUUGGCAAGACUGCUUCUUCUUCUCUUUCACAGUUUAGGAACAGUGUUGAUUUGGCCAGACCUGUCGUUGGUUUCUCGUCAGCAGUAAACACAUCAACUACCACAUCAGUUUUUGGUGCUCCUCGAGUGAGUGUUUCUUCAAUGUUUGGGCCAACACAAGAUUUUGCCAAGACUAGUUUUGCUUCUCCUUCAGUGAUUAGGAACGGUUUUGAUUUUGCCAGAGCCGACGUUGGUUUCCCGCCGGCAAUAAAUACAUCAACUACCACAACUGUUUUUGGUUCUCCUCCUCCAGCGAGUGUUUCUUCACUGUUUGGACCAACGCAAGAUUUUGCCAAGACUAGUUCUGUUUGGCCUUCAAACACUAGCCCGAAAAAUCCAUUCAGCAGUUCGUUUCCCGGAUUUGGUGUUGAUUACUUUCCUGGAUCUCCCUUUAACCAUUUUGGAUCAAACCCACCAACCACUGAACAAGGUAGUAGGUUUCCUCGUUAUGCACCUACACCCGUAGAUUGUGAUUUUCGAGGACAUCGCAAUAUGAUUACUUCCAUAGCUGCUUCCAGUUCUUACCAACAUAAAAGCCAUGAAGAACUAAGGUGGGAAGAUUACAAACACGGAGACAAAGGUGGGAUCGGAUUUUUUCCUCCUGCUCAUGUCUCUCCCGGCUCAAGGCCAAACGCUUUCUUUUCCCCAUCGCCGUCGAUAUUUGCUCCUCGAAUCAUACCUGAUCAUCGUCACAGGACAACCACUGUUACAACGGAAGGAAACAUGAAAAAUUCUGGCUUUGGCUUCCCUGCUGCUGGUGGAACAACAUCUUCUUCAUCAUCCUCUACAUUUCCUGUUUCUGCUCCCAUAAAGAGUGUUGAGAGACCCCAUGAAACCGUUGCUGUUUCUUCCCCAGCAUCCGGAUGCACAGCAUGUGGACCUAAGAGUAGCUCCUCUGCAUCUGGCUACUCUGGCUUUAAUGUUGCCACGACUCCUCCUUCAGCUGCCAUAUCUCUUCCCGGGUUGUUCUUUUCUACCGCUGGUUUUUAUCCUAUGAUGUUUGGUACAACAAAUCUUGAAGCUCAAGGUACAACAACAAAUCCAGCUCUACAAGCCUAUCCCAUGAUGUUUGGUACAAAUCUUGCAGCUCAGGCCUAUCCUGUUCAUGGUUUGAUUCUUCUCCCAUUCGCCGCCAUGAAUCUGCAAUAAGUGCGUCUCUCUUUGCUUCAAACUCUGUCAGUUUAUAUUGUAGGACUAAGUCUCUGUUUUGCUCAAUAGUCAUAAAACAACUGUGUCAACUCUAUGAUUUUGUCUUCGUGAAGAUUAUUAGUUUUACAUAAAUUUGUUCUUUCUCUGAAUUUGUACAACAACAUUAUUAAA